CCGCGAGACGACGGGCCGGCCAGUAUCGUGGAGGCGCGCGGCCCGUUGCGAUCGUCCAACCCUUACAAUACCGUCGCGCAACGCGCGCGCACAUACACACAUACACGCAUAAACGUCGUGACGCGUGUAAACGCGCGCGGGGGAAUAUUUUCGAGGACCGACGUUCACCAGGACGUUUCCGGUUUGAUUUUUCCGAUCGAGGACGGCAGAUGGGAUCGCCGCGGAGAGAUUCGUCAACGCGGGGACGAGAGCUCCGGAUGAACAACCCCGUGGAAUUCUGCGAGGGAGAUAAGAAUACCAGCCAGGGUUCCGCGUCGUGAGAUAAACGUCGCGACGUAAAUUCUUAUCUAUCACGAGAAUGUCCGGCCUAUGAGUGGUAUUUUUUCCGACGAGGGAAGGGAAACCCCCCUCCCCUUCUUUCUCCGGUCUCUCAUCGACAACGGUUCUCCCUAGAAGCUUGUCGGACGUUCUCAAAGGGUGGACUUUCCCCCCCCGAGCUGUCGCGGAUUAUACAACCCGGGACCAGUUACGCGUUGCUCUCGGGGAACUUUCUUCCGGCACGUUCCGGGAACUUUCUGGAGGUGCGGCGCACGAUCCGCCAUCUACUUCACCUCUCGCCGUUUUCCUUUAUCUUUCGUUUAAAGCGCUCGCGGCGCUACAAGAAAGAUACGGACAGUUUCCACCUCUACGCGGUAAUCGCGGUGUGCUACAGAACACGCCAAUUGAAAAUUAAGGAGAUCCGCAAAAGCGUUCGCGCGGAAUACAAAGCGACUUUCUCAAUAACGCCGGGGGAGUGAAUAAGAACGAUUUGCUAGUGAAGAAAUAUGCGCGAGGUCCGACGCGUUUAAAAAUUCUAGGCGCGUCGGCAGGCGGAAAGACCGGGCGACAUAAUGCGACGUAAUCGAACGUUGGCCCGAGCGCGAGUGAUACUGCGGGUAUUCCGCGAGUGCUUAAACGAGGAUUCACUUCCGGGUCGACGCGCUUAAUUAAACCGCUGCGGCGCGGCUCUUGAUCGUCGCGCGUGAUCCGGCGCGAAGAGGCGAUAACGCGGAUUUCGCCCCCUCGCGGGAGGUGAGGAGUUUUAUUAGCGACGUGAUGCGAAAGCUUUCCCCGCCCACGUAAUCGGCCGUAAAGCGUACGAAAUCGUAAAAGGUCGGGCGCGCGGAACGUAACUUUUCCAUUUGUGCGAAACGUGAUAAGAAAAAGAGCGCCUGGCCGAUGGUAAUUAGUGCGAUACACCGCGCGGUAACGAUGUAGCGGCAAAAGGGAGCACUGAGUGAUGAGCGAACGAGGCGGGAACGAGACAGUUUGACAGAAAUAAUCGCGGCCAGAAUCUCGGCCUCCCGCCGCGAGUUCUCAUCGCACGACACGGGCCAUGUAACAGGCGGAACUUUUCUUCAAAGGGGGCAAAAAACGCGAAACGACGACGAACACGCUGUUCGUGAAUUCAUCCACUAGAGGCUGAUGCGCAAAAAAAGCCUCGUCGUAAAGGGCGACGAAUUUCACGGCAAAACAUCAACGACCUUUUAGUAAUCGUUAAACGACACGUGUAGUCCGGGCAAGGGAUUAAACGUAAACGCUCCUCUUGCGGGCCAUCGGUGUGAUCAUCGUCAUCGUCGUCGUCAUCGAUUCCUGAUUGUCCCGUCUGGCUGCGCAACAAGAGACACAAGCCGAUACGAAAACGCUCGCAGGGGAGAAUAGUUCCGAAGCUUCGAAAUAUCAACGGAAGAAAAAAGACAGAACAACGGAGCCUCAUCCGGCGGCGGCCAAUCGGCGGUUUGGAACGCGAUCGGAUUUUGCGGGGAGCGAUCGUGCAUGAAACGCGAAGUGGAGGCGAAAUCGGAUGUCGGUCGUGCCGCAACGUCACCUCGUGGUUUAAUCGACAAAGACAUAUAUAUAUACAUAGUACAAUCAGAAACGAUAUCACCUCGAACUAAUGAAACGUCCCGUCGCAUGAGAGUACGAUCGAAUUAACGAUUUCCAUAAUCGAGGAGGCUGCGUCCCCGAGGUCGAUUCGUUCCACCCCGCGAUUUUUCCAAUUUAGAGUCCAACCGAUCCGGAAAAAAAAGGCCGCGCGACUCGCCGACGCGUGGCACGACGCGAUGCGACGCGCCGGAAUUAAAAGCCCGUGCUUUCGGCGCCGACGGUAGCCGAUGCACGGUAGCUUUCUCACGAAAGCUCGACGGAUCCCGGGCGAGCGCGAAGCGGAAUUCACGCGCAGCGACAGCGCCGCGCGUCUACGACCGGAUGGAUGUCCCUCGGUUCCUCGGCCACGAAUCGGAAACUCAUCCCGCGACGACAGAAAGUCGAUGCGGAGGACACGAGUGCCGCGACGAUGCCUGCGGAACUGUAAUCCUGUGCCCUUUCACCGCGCGAGAGCAGAAAGUGCGACGCAAGUCUCGGCGCCACGUCGACAUGACCGUAGAGGCUCGCCCGACUCGGUGGUCGGCUGGUAUGCGCGGUUGACAGGAAUAUGCAAAUUAUUUACCCCGAAAGACGAUAACCCCUCUAGUUGCUGCCCUUUGAAUAGAGCGACGAGUAAAUUUUACCGGAGCAUCCCGAAAAUAUUCGGCUCUCGAGAGAGAGAUAAACCGACGCGGACGCACUCGACUUGCUGCGCCACGAUUACGUUAGAGAUUACAAAAGAUCAAAAACUCGACGUGAACUCGGAGAAGAGGAAAAAAAAACAAAGAGGAGCGAAUAGCGGAAGCGAAAAAAGAAUGAAGAUUGCGUGGUGAGAGCGAGGUGUACUUUAAGGCGAGAUAAGGACACACCGUGGGACGCAAAAUUGCAAACGGAAGGGCGGAGCGGGGGCGGCGGAAGUGGUGGUUGAAUAGCGGUGGUGAGUGAGCGGAGUGAAAGCAACGACGACGGACGUCCCUCGCACGUCCGCGCCAAGGGAGCUCGACGGUAAAUCGACGCGAAGGGAAACGGCGAGCGAGCGAUAUCCGUGAUGCAGAGCCUCGACGACCUGACGACGUACAACUUCACGUCACACCUCUGGAACGUGACGACGACGCUGUGGUACGACAAUGACACCUACCACGACGGCAACGGCACCAUCACCAACUACACGGAUCUGGCGGCGCGGAAUCAGUUCGUGCUCCCGUGGUGGCGGCAGAUGAUCUGGACGCUUUUGUUCGCCGGCAUGAUCACCGUCGCGACCGGCGGCAAUCUUAUAGUGAUAUGGAUCGUGCUGGCGCACAGGCGGAUGCGCACCGUCACCAAUUACUUCCUGGUGAACCUCAGCAUCGCGGACGCCAUGGUGUCGACCCUGAACGUAACCUUCAACUACACCUACAUGCUCAACAGCCACUGGCCGUUCGGCACCCUCUACUGCAAGAUCUCCCAGUUCAUCGCGGUGCUCACGAUAUGCGCCAGCGUCUUUACCCUGAUGGCGAUAUCCAUCGACCGGUACAUGGCCAUCGUGAAUCCCUUGAAACCGCGUAUGGGGAAGAAGGCGACGCUGUGCGUCGCAAUCAUAAUUUGGAUAAUCGGGGCGAUUCUGUCUUUACCGAUGCUGCUCUUCUACACGACUUACACACAAAACUUCGCGAACGGCGAGGUCCGCGUCGUCUGCUACAGCGACUGGCCGAACACGGACGACAACGGGCUCAGCUACGACGAAUAUUUGUACAACGUUAUCUUCAUGAUACUGACAUACUUUUUACCAAUCGGAUCCAUGACGUUCACUUACGCCAGGGUCGGCCUGGAAUUGUGGGGCUCGCAAAGCAUCGGGGAGGCCACAGCCAGACAGCUCGAAAAUAUUCGAAGCAAACGGAGGGUCGUAAAAAUGAUGAUAGUCGUAGUGGUAAUAUUCGCAGUGUGCUGGCUCCCGUUUCACAUGUACUUCAUAGUGACGUCCUACCUGCCAGAAAUUACAAAUGAACCGUACAUCCAGGAGGUCUUUUUGGGAAUCUACUGGCUGGCGAUGUCCAACAGCAUGUACAACCCCAUAAUUUAUUGCUGGAUGAACACUAGAUUCCGUCGUGGCUUCGCCCAGUUCUUCUUCUGGUGUCCGUGGGUGCGGGUGACGUCGGAGCCGUCUCUGUCGCGUUCGGAGGCCGUGACGUCCAGGUACAGCUGCACCGGUAGCCCGGAUAUGCACACCAGAAUAUCGCGGAAUGGCACGGUGCGAAUACCGCUGCACCUGCAAUCAAUGAGAGGCGGAAACGACCGGCUGUUGGCCCAUCAUCGCGAUCAUGGCAAAAAAUGGAGGACCUCGCAGACCAGAGGACACGUGUCCUGACAGGAGGAGGAAAACUCGCAGCAACAACGAGUACACACCUGGAUAUGAAAAUAUCUGGAUAUGAGAAUGUAUCUAGUCUCCUUUAAUGCCGGCUCUUCCCGCCGAUCAGCCGGCGCGAUCGGCUCAAUCGCAUUUUGCAGCAUCGUGGGAAGUCGCGAGUCGACCUUCCAUUGUCACCAGCUAGUCCUUGUAUAAUAGGUCAAAGACGCAAUUGCUACGUUUCGAGAAAUUUUAAUCAGGUUUCUCUCUCUAGUCAUGACGCUAAUCACGAAGAGAUAUCUGUGUUAUUACGUUAUGCGUAAUGUAAUUUAAUAGAGAACUUAUUGUAUUGACUAUCACCUAAUUAUCUCUAUUGGCGUAUCACUCAUAGUCAUAAAAAAAAUUCACGGACCAAAAUAUUGUAUCUACUGCAGUUUCUUCGUAGUGUUACUUGCGCGGUGUUUUCUAAAAAAAAAAAAAAAAAAAAAUGAGCGCAAAUUCGCCAUGUUAGUAAAAUGUAACGUUUAAAUCUAAAAAGUAAUGAUUUAUAACGCGGGACAUCAUUGCGUAAUUGCUGUGUUCCUAUCGUAUAAUAUAAUAAUUUUUUCGAAGAGAAAACUGAAAAAUCCAAGACUAAGAGACAUGCUCCUAUGUUUAAAGAUAAGAUAUUUCUUCAAUCAAUAGGCCUAAGAAUUUAAAAAAUAAAAAUUUGACAUAUAUUUUAUGCUAAGUAAAAUAAAAGAUAUAAAAAAUUUCAUAUACAUAUAGAAUUAUAUAUAUCUUUACAGCCAACUGCAAGCUCUUUGUUAAUAAAUUAAAGAAUGUAAAUUAUGUGAAUACGCGCACUAGAUGUGGUUGUGAACCCAUAGAUAAUCUGCAGUGAGUCAAAACUCUUAUCGCUAUAUUAUUUCUUAUUUGCAAAAGUCUAAAUUUUGGAUCGCUUUAUUUCUUCAUGAAAUAAAUGUAAUAGUAAUACAUAACUUUAUGUUCAAAACAAUAAUAUGCGAUUUCUUAUUCAAUAUCAUAAACUCGAUCAGCUUUUUAACGAAUUUAAAAAUAAAAUCUACUUGUAUAUAUUUUGAUAUUAAAGAAUUAUAUAAUUUUUCUGUCAUUUUAGAAGAUUGCAUGCUGUUUAAAAGAGAUUCGUUUUAGCAUGCUUUCUAUUGGACGUGACCUCAUUUUACGUAUUCAUUCAAACUAAACGAAAAAUAAACGUAACAACGUUAAUGAACUUAAAA